AUGGCGACGACACUGCUAUCUCUUCUCGGAGCCGCCGCCCUGGCCGGCCGGGCCUCAGCCGUGUGCAGCCGCGGCGGUUGCAUUGCCGACAGCUGCGCCCGUGCCGUGCGCUUCGACACGACCCUCGUGCCCAGCGCAUCCCGCGUUGCCGACUGCAGCUCCUUUCUUGAGGUCACCGCCACUCCGUCUGCCUCAACGGUCUGGGUGACCGAGGACCUCGCGGCGGCCACCGUGACGGUGACGUCGGAGCUUGUGCAGGUGGAGAGACGCCAAGUGACUGCGCAGUCAGCGUCCCCCGCGAACACAAUCCCUGCGUACGCCAGCGCUUGCUCCGUGGCUUCGCGGUACAGCAGCGCUUGCUCGUGCUUCGGCGUCACGGGCGCGACCGUGACCGCCGCGACUCCCGUCGUCACAUCCACCACCACGGUUGCCACCACCGUGACCGAGGUCGACUAUGAGAGCCCGCCCCUAGCCUCCUCGUCGGUCGUGUUCCCCAGCGACGACAGCUGGACGGCGACCUACACGUACAGCGAGUACACGCUGCCCGUCUUCACGUCCGCACCAGACCCGACGAUCGACAUCACCUAUCCUACCCCGAGCACGACCUGUCUCCUCGACGCCACUCCGACGGGCGACUCCUUUUAUCUCCUUGCCCCCAGCGCCGGAUACAUGUUCAAGAGAGACAGCGGCUUGGGCCCCGUGGACCCUCCGGCCGACGAGGCUGCGGCGGAAGCCCUCAUGGCCAACUGGAACCCCCCAACCUUUGAGUUCCAAGUCGCGCAAGAUGCCGCUCCUGGGCUCUUCGACCUUGUCGUUCAUGACGGUACGGACUCGGCCCUCUACGUUGCCCUGGACGUUACUUCCGGCGAAGUUACCCUGGUGUCCUCGUCGACGAACGGCCAGGUGCAAGACGGCAGGUGCACGACCGUGUUCGGUGUUUCCUGCAAGGGCUCCUUGAUCGUCGAGUACGGGUCGACCAGCUAUGUGUGGACAGCAACGAACAGCAGCACCAUCGCCACGCCUGGCACCCCUCCGGCCAACAACACGACGCCGCUGAACACCAUGGUGCUGCUUCCCACGCGGCUGGCGACCCCGUUCAGCCUGAACGCCACGGUGUCCAAGCGGCGCUCGUCGCGGCGGGCCUUGUUCAAGAGAGACCACUCCCAGGACGGGGUCGCGCCGCGCUGCCCCGGUUUCCCGUACGGUACCGUGUAUGCGGCCUCUAACGGCGUGUCUCCCAGCCCCCCGAACGGUUGCGGGCCGGACGGCGAGUGGUAUAGCUCGCUCAUUCCGAACCUGGACUUUGGGGGCUGCUGCAACUCCCACGACACGUGCUACGACACCUGCAGCGAGUGGUUCGAGGACUGCAACGACAAGUUCCACUCGUGCAUGCUCGACACGUGCGCCAGCAAGUACGACCACUGGUACAACUUCUUCCUGCGCCCUGGCUGCGAAGCCGCGGCCGACUUAUACUACUGGGCCGUGACGGGCGAGACGGCGCAGUCGCACUUCCAGUCCGGCAGCAAGGCCGAGUGCUCGUGCAACUGCGCCGACGGGAACUCGGCCGUGUGCACACCAGGCGGCAUCUGCCAGAAAGUGCGCGGGCCCGGGGCCAACGACAGCGGCAACUGCGGCGGCUGCGGGCGCAACUGCGGGCCCAAGGCGCACUGCCAGGACGGAAACUGCGUGUGCAACCCGGCGCCGCCGACACCGGACCAGUGCGGCUCGCUGUGCCUGGACUUCAUGACGCACCCGCGCAACUGCGGCGGCUGCGGCAACGUCUGCGCCAGCGGCUACUGCUACGAGGGCGCGUGCUUCACGCCGCCGGCCCACCCUGACCAAUGCUACCCCGUCGACGCGGUGCGCAACGGCGAUUUCAGCAACGGCACCGCGUACUGGACCACCGUCGGCGCCGAGCUGGCAGAAGCCGUCUCCGGGUCGGUUCCUUUGCCGACUAUCUCGGGAAAUCCCCCGCCGAGCUACCUCGUCAUAUUCAUGGAUUGGAGCACUGAGGCCGUCAUCUCUCAGACCGUCCGCAUGUGCCCUGGGGUUCAGUACCAGCUGGACUUCCUGGCCGCCGCCGCCAGGACCUUCGGCUUCACGAUCACUCUCGGCGGCCAAGUUGUCGUCGACCACUCGCCCAUCUCCAAUACCGGAGGGUGGUUCUCUCAGGGCCCGUUCGACCUCCCUGUGCUUGCUGCCGGUGAGGCUGGGACCACCCAGGGGGACGACUUUUUCCUCGAGACUGAGCUGGCCAUUCACGCGCAGGGCCCGGACGUUUCGGUAGAUAUGAUUGGGUUGGGAGCCAUCUCGAUCCAUACUAUUUAG